AUGCCGAUUGAUCAAGACAAUAUGAAGAUGCGACUAGUCUGCUUUUUUUCAACACAUUCAAUUAGUGUUGAUGAAGAUCGUCGUAAAAAGCUUGGUAGAGACCACUUCGUGUACGCUACAAACAAAAGUGGCUGCAUGUUGUAUAUAUGCCCAUACAUCAAUGCACGGUCAUUAGAACAAGACAAAGCGAGGUAA